UGGAUAUUGGAAUUCCAAAAUGUGUCAAAUUCAAACAUGUAUUCUGUUUUCGUAGCUAUGUGAAAAUACUUUGAAUACUUGUUCAUUUUCACAAUGUGUUACUUCGGACAGCCAACAAAGUAAUAUCGACAACUGCAAGAUAAGAGGUGAGACUAAGUUUAACAUAAGAAUCACAUAUUGAUUGUUGUAAUGUUCAUAUUUCAUUCGAUAAAACAAACUGAAUUUCAUUUUGGUCUAUGAAUAAUGAGACUUUUUUUAUACCGAGUUUUGGACUGCAUUACUAAAAACUGUCCUUCCAAACUCCGCAUUAAAUUGUUCUAAUUUUACAUUUUCAUCAACUUUUAGUGUAAAGUGCUCCGCUGACAGAUUUCUGUUGCCAUUUAGUACUUUUGUUAGCUUUCCACGGACAUUUUGUUCGUACAUUCAUCGUGAUCAAGUGCUUUAGAUUCAACAGUUUGAAGUUAAUAUCCUCUUAUUUUAGUUUUUACAAAAUGGUUUCUUACCAGAACUAUCUAAAAAUGAUGCGUAGAUAGGUAUCGAACUUGGAGAACAAGCAAUAAAACCACAAGAAUAUACUACCAUAAUGAAGCGAAAGACCAAAUCCUUUAACAUAAUAUAUGGACAUUUAAGAUUGAACGCACUUAAACUCAAGAUCGGAGUUCAUGUGCGUGCAAUUUAAAGCAGAAAAGUUUAGGUUAUUAUUUCCAUUAUAAUUUUUAUUGGCUUGUAUGCUUUAAAAAAAUUGUGAACGUAAAUCAUAAGUGUUCCGAACAGCACUGAGAUGACGAAGCGUUUAUCAUUCACUCUGGUUAACUCUUAAAUAUAAACAGUACGAAGUGAAAAAUAUCAUCCUGACGAUUAGUCGUCUACUUUCUUAUCUUUAGACGAAUAAGUCAUGGCAAUCAAAAACCACUUACCACUUUUUGAUAAGACCAAAUAUGUAUUCGUGGAUCUGAUAUAAUUUGCACACUAUUAAUCUGGUCGAAGUGCAAAAUAGAACCAUUGAAACUUGAUUUGUCUCCAAUAUUAAGCGGUUUAUUGUAUAUCAUAAUACCCAACACUUAGUUGGAUAUAAAAACAUAAAAAGGUGAACUUAUGUAUUACCGAUUGUUACAUCAAGGCGUUGGUUGAUUGUUGAAUUGCCCUUUUUGUCUUGUUUCUACAAGCUUGUUCAGUUCUUUCUCUGGUGAAUAUUAAAUAUUAAUUAGUUCUUUUUUUUUCUCGACUUGUAUGUACUAUCGGUUUUCAUAAGACCCAUUUAUGGAUUAAAUUCCUGCUCACAAUAAGAGACUAAUGUAUUAUAAUUUUAAAUUUAUACUAGAAAUGUAUCAUUUCUUGAACUGACCUGAAAACUAAUUUCUGGUAGCUCUUUUAGAACAAAUGUUUUGUGGCUAGCAGCGGAAUCCAGGAUGCAGAAUUAUUCCUGUUUGGGACUUGUCAACUGAAUGUACUUUGAUCAACGUGUUUAUGUUUAGAUUUUGAUCAAUUAUUAUUUUAUUCCAACUCGAACGAAGUAUUUACUAGGCUGCUGAGUUCAGAUAGACACUAACUUGUUCAGUGAUAAUGAUUUGAAUUUCUGCUAAUUUAUGAAAUCAUGAAUUAAUUCAUUUUAAAUAAUUUAAUUAAUGAACUUUCUGAUGCCUGUGAUUAAUUGACAACGAUGAAAUAAACAGCGUUGUAGUUGUUUUUACAAUUUCUCAAACGUUCUCCUUUUACUACAUGUAUUUUUUUCAUUUAUUGUAUUAGAAAAUGAUAUGUAAAAUAAAGCGGAAAAAAAGGAAAAGAAAAAAGUUGUUCUCAUUUGUUUGUCGCAUGAAGCAUGCUAAUCUGAGUUCAAGACGUUCCAGUGAAAGUACUAGUACAGUUGAUAGUGAAGUAAUUUUAGAAGCAGAACGCUUAGAAUUAGAACGUUUAGCUUUAAAAGAACUUGAAUUAGCAGUUUCUAAACCUGUAGCUUUUUCAGUUAGAACUAAUAUAAGUUUUGAUGGAGCCUUAUAUGGUUUGGAUGCACCAUCACCGGGUAGAGUUGUUAGUUUUGGUAUUAAAGAUUUUCUACAUAUUAAAAAACGUUUCAAUCAAGAUUGGUGGAUUGGUCGUGUAGUUCGAAUAGGUAGUCCAAUUGGUUUUAUACCUAGUCCAUCUAAGCUUGAAGUAAUCAAUAAUAUUAUCUUAUCAGCUAUUGCCACUGCUGCUAAUACUAAUGUGGUACACUUUGCCAAUGAAAUUCAAAAUCCGACAACUAAACCAGCCCCUGUUGGUGGAUUCGGAUCUGCCGACACAACGUUAGAACGUGGAGGAAAUCGUGGGUUGUUGUUGUCUAGCGAUGUAGAUCAUCGUGGACCAACUUUAACUGCUAAUCGUCAAAGGCAAUCGGAAUCACCGCCAGUUCAUAAAAAUUGGAAAGAUGUUGAUGUAUAUGAUGAAGAUGAUUUACGUGAUACAACACAAACUGUAGAGGUACCAGGACAACCAACUGCCAAGAAACCCCAACCUGUUGGACCUGGAGUUAAGAAGAGACCAUUCUCUAAAAAGAAUGAAUUUGUGCCUCCAUAUGAAAUUGUACCAUGUAUGCGCCCUGUUGUAUUUGUUGGUCCAGCUUUGAAAGGUUAUGAAGUAACAGAUAUGAUGCAGAAAGCAAUAUUUGAUGCAAUGAAAAAGCAUUUUGAUGGAAGAAUUAUUGUUAGUCGUGUCAGUACAAAUAUAUCAUUGGCUAAACGUGUUGGAGAAUUAUUACAUUUGGAUAAAAAGAAUAUUAUGGAAAAAGGACGUAGUCGACAGCUUGUUUCUCUAAUUGAAGUUCAACAAGAUUUAGAAAGAAUAUUUCAUUUGGGUAGUAAAAUGCAAUUACUUUUACUAGAUUGUGAUACAAUUAAUCAUCCAAAUCAAAUUACUAAAACAUGUUUAGCACCUAUUGUAAUUUAUAUAAAAAUUGCCAGUAUACGUGUAUUGAAUCGUUUAAUUAAAAAUCGUGGCAAAUUACAAAAAAAGAAUGCUGGUGUACAAACAGCCGCCGCUGAAAAACUAUUACAAUGUUCACCAGAAUCAUUCGAUUACGUAAUAGAUCAAAAUACUUUAUCCGCUGCAACAGAAGCAUUAAGUCAUUUCUUAGAAGGUUAUUGGGCAGCAACACAUCCUCCUUUAAUAGUUAGUAAAGCUGAACGUCUUCUUGGCUCGUUUUCUGCUCCAGUGCCUGAAACGAAAGAAGUUGACUCAGAUCGCCCACUUGUGCCUAUGACACCUGGUCAUCCAGGGCUGAGUGUAGUUACCAAAUCUGCAUUAAGUGCAGGAUUUACUAGUCAAGAAAUUAGUGAAUUAACCGGAGCAAGAGCAACUGGUUGGUUAACAGAAAAUGGUGGACAAGUAGAAAAUGAACUUGGACUUACUGGUGUACAUCAUGCUGGUAGCGUUGGUAGUGAAUUUCAUAAUACACAUUUUGGUGGAAGAAAACUUAAGAUUGAUCAUAAUAAUAGUCCUGAUGGCCUUAACACAGGACAUUUUUCAGAUGAUGAAAAUGAAGGUUCACGUUCAAAUUAUCCUCGUACUGGUCGAUUACAUGUGGGUGCUGCAAGUGCAGCAGCAAUCGCUGCUGUCGCCGCUGGACUUACACCUAAAGUUCACUCGUUACAUCCAUCAUUAUUUCAAGGUGAAAAUAAACGAAAUGGUUCCGUAAUUCGUGAUAUAAAUGGCAAUACUACACAUGAAGCACCUGGUCUAACUAUGGGUUUAGGAUUGGGCAUAGCGAAUGGGGUUGCAGCCACUAUCAGUGCUGCUCUAUUCCCGAGUCAUAAUAAUACUAGUCAUCAUCAGCAUCAUUCAGCAGAGACUCAUCAUCAACCAACAUCAAGAAUACCACCUCCAACAAUUGCUGCCGCAGCUGUAGCUUCUGUAGUUUCGCCACCAUUAAAAGACUUAGGUAUUCAUCAAGUGGAAGGAAGUGAUGGAACACAAGUCUAUCAAAGUAGAUCAGCCCGUCAAGCAAAACAACGUGAAGAACAGUUAGCACGAGUAAAACAAGAAGUUGAAGCUAAAGCUUUAGCAUUACAAGCUACUGCAGGUGGUCGACGAAAACGUCGAGAUAAAGAAAGAAGACAAAGAAAUCUUGAUGGUUAUUGGGAUUCACAUGAUGAACGUUAUCAUACUCAUGGAACAAAUGAUUUAUCACAACAUUCUCAUCAAUGGAAUGGACCACCCGUCCGAUCUAUGGCAAGAGCAUGUCCACCUGACGAUUGAUUAAUUGAUUAUUUAUAUACUUAUUUAAUAAACUAACAACUUCAAUGACUGAUUCCUGUCUCUUUCUUUUUUGCUGGUAACUUUUUUAUUUUACACAUUGCUCAUGAAUGCUUUCAUAUUCAUUUUUAUUUUCUGUUUGUUUCUCAUUUACAAGAAAUGUAUCGGUAUACAAUUUAAAUCAAAAGACAGCCAGUAACAACGCAGAACUUCGUACGUAUGUACAUCAAUCCGAGUUGCCAUACUACAUUAGCACAAAGAUGCAAUUGUCGAUUCAAAUUCCAUAGUGCUAGAUGUAGUAAAAUUAUAAGCUGUAAUCAGAAAAAUUAGGGUUUGAAGAUGUUAUUCAAGGAGUAUAAUCCAGUGAAAGAAAUUUGGAAAGAGAAAAAAGAAAGGGAUAUGAAGAAUUCAGAAGAUUAGGAUUUGGGAGAACACAAAGAGUUGAUGCACCUGCGCCAUUGCAAACGAUUUUGAGCCAUGUCAUUCAAGGUCUCUAACCAUCGGUUGCUAUCAUCUCGCGGUCCCCAACCAGGUAGUCUACACCUACCAACAUGACUCAGUCCACUUGUCAGUGACUUCAUGGAUUUGUAUCAUGUUUUGGUCUGGGCGUCCUUAGCUCUCUUCCAACCUACUCCUAUACCAUAAAACAUUGCACGUCGGGAAGUCGGUGGUUGGGCAUACGUAGCACGUAUCCCAGCCAUCUCAACUGAUGAAGUUUUAUUACUUCAUCAAUUGAUUUGCCACCCUUACCUAGUACCCAUUUCUUAACAACUGCAUUACUUAAUCGAUGGUCCCAGGAUAUACGAGCAAUGUUUCAAAGACACCUAUGAUCAAAUACUAGUA